CACCGUUAGGUCAAACCACCGUUAAUCCUUCGCGAUCAGCGUUCUCCACAGUCUGAGGUUCUCCCGAUGGAGAGAUUAUGAAGAGAAAGGAACCUUUUAACGGAAAGAACCAAACGGAGACAUUCAGUCGGUGUGUGUUGAAGUUUGAUCGGUAGAGGAUGACAGCUCGGUGACCGGAGGGAGGGCUGCACAGAACGGAUCAGCCUGCGUCUUCAAGGAGACUGCUGUGAUGCUACGUAGGCAACUGGAAGAAAAGGGCUUUUCUACUAUGAGAGAGUGUGUGUGAGAGAGAGUGUGUGUAUGUGUGUGUGAGUGUGUGAGUCCGGGCUGUGGGCACGAAGGGACCGGUUCGGUUUUUAAACAGUUUUUAUAAUUCUUGUUUUUAUUGGUUUGUGGAUCUUCGUGGUUGUCGGACCUGUGAGGACACACAGCGGGCUGGUAAAGUUUUGGGGGAUGGCAGGGCGAAGCAGAAGAGCAUGGUUCAGUGUUCUGCUCGGACUGGUGGUCGGGUUCACUCUGGCGUCCAGACUCAUUCUACCCAAAGCGACCGAGCUGAAGAAAGCGGGGCAGAAGCGGAAAGCGAGCCCGGCCGGCUGUGGGUCUACCCGGGCUCUCAGGAAGGAGUACGGAGGGGGAUUAUGGUCCCCGCAGGAUAACGGUUCACCGGCCACCGACAAACCCAGCUCCAGGUCCGAGAAUUUCAUGUUCGUUGGUGUUAUGACUGCACAGAAGUACCUGAACAACCGAGCCGUGGCAGCACACAGGACAUGGGCACAAACAAUUCCAGGCCGGGUGGAGUUUUUCUCCAGUGAAGGCUCCGACACUUCCAUCCCCAUUCCAAUAGUGGCACUGAGAAACGUGGAUGACUCAUACCCUCCCCAGAAGAAGUCCUUCAUGAUGCUCAAGUACAUGCACGACCAUUACCUGGACCAGUACGAGUGGUUCAUGAGGGCUGACGACGAUGUCUACAUCAAGGGGGAGAAGCUGGAGAGCUUCCUGCGCAGCCUCAACAGCAGCGAGGCCGUCUUCCUGGGCCAAACGGGCAUGGGGGCCCGGGAUGAACUUGGAAAGCUGGCCCUGGAGCCCGGGGAGAACUUCUGCAUGGGGGGGCCAGGGGUCAUCAUGAGCCGCGAGGUCCUCAAGAGAAUGGUGCCCCACAUACGAGAGUGUUUACAGGAGAUGUACACCACCCACGAGGAUGUGGAGGUGGGCCGCUGUGUCAGGAGGUUCGCCGGGGUCCAGUGUGUCUGGUCCUACGAGAUGCAGCAGCUCUUCUAUGAAAACUAUGAACCAAACAAGAAAGGCUACAUACGAGAUCUCCACAACAGCAAGAUCCACAGAGCCAUCACUCUCCACCCGAACAAGAACCCUCCCUAUCAGUACCGCCUGCACAGCUACAUGCUCAGCCGCAAGAUCGCUGACCUGCGCCACCGAACCAUCCAGCUGCACCGAGAGAUCGUUCAGAUGGGGCGCUACGGAGCGGCCGAACCCAGCCGGGAGGACCUCCAACUCGGCAUGCCUCCCUCCUUUAUGCGCUUCCACCCACGGCAGAGAGAGGAGGUGCUGGAGUGGGAGUUUCUGACAGGGAAGUACCUGUUCUCGUCAUCUGACGGUCAGCCACCCCGCAGAGGGAUGGAUUCCUCCCAGCGGCAGGCCCUGGAUGACAUCAUCAUGCAAGUGAUGGAGAUGAUCAACGCCAAUGCCAAGACCCGAGGCCGGGUUAUUGAUUUCAAAGAAAUCCAGUACGGCUACCGGAGAGUCAACCCCUUAUACGGAGCAGAGUAUGUUCUGGAUCUGCUGCUGCUGUACAAGAAGCACAAAGGAAAGACCAUGACAGUUCCUGUGAGGAGGCACGCCUACCUGCAGCAGACCUUCAGCCAGAUUCAGUUCAGAGAGGAGGAGGAGAUGGAUGCCAGAGCUCUCGCUAGCCACAUCAACAAGGAGUCCGACUCCCUCUCGUUUCUGUCUAACUCCCUCAAGAUGCUGGUGCCCUUCAAGCUGGCCACCUCCGGCCAGGACCAGAGGGAACCCAAAGAGAAGAAAGUCAACAUCCUGGUACCUCUCUCAGGACGCUAUGACAUCUUUGUGCGCUUCAUGGCCAACUUUGAACGAGUGUGUCUGGUCCCCAACCAGAACGUCAAGCUGCUGAUCCUGCUCUUCAGCACGGACAACAACACGGAGCGAGUCAAGCAAGUGGAGCUGAUGAGGGAGUACCACAUGAAGUAUCCACGGGCCGAGAUGGAGAUCAAGACUGUGGAUGGCUCCUUCUCAAGGGCUCUGGCUUUGGAAGUGGGUUCCUUGCACUUCACUAAUGAUUCAUUGCUCUUCUACUGUGACGUAGAUCUACUCUUCACCAGCGAAUUCCUAAAGCGAUGUCGGACCAACACCGCCCAGGGGGAGCAGACCUAUUUCCCCAUCAUCUUCAGCCAGUAUGAUCCCAAAGUGGUGUACGCCGGGAAGGUACCUAGCAACAACCACUACGUCUUCACCUCCAAGACCGGCCUGUGGAGGAACUAUGGCUUUGGGAUCGUCUGUGUCUUCAAGGGAGACUUGGUCCGAGCGGGAGGCUUUGACACCUCCAUACAGGGGUGGGGAUUGGAAGACGUGGACCUCUUUAAUAAAUUUGUCCAAUCAGGGAUUAAGUUGUUCAGAAGCACAGACACGGGGAUAGUGCACGUCCAUCACCCUGUCAUUUGUGACCCCAACCUUGAGGCAAAGCAAUAUAAGAUGUGCCUGGGCUCCAAAGCCUCGUCGCACGGCUCCACCCAGCAGCUGGCCGAGCUCUGGCUGGAGAAGAACGACCACGGCUUCAGGAGACUGGCCAGCAAUAACGGCUCAGAAAGGACAGCGUGAGCACGCCGGGCUGUCACGAACUGAACCUGAGCCCGGUCGGUGCUCACUUCUUCCUCUUAGUGGUGUUUUCACUACCUAAUUUAUUUUUUACUGAAAUGAAAGACUUGACAUGGAUAUAUUUUGAAAAUAUGUCUCGUUUUUUAUAAGAUAUACAGAUAUGCCAUGACGAACAAUUCAUGGACACAAUCUGGGCUCUCGUAUGUGAGUGCUUACAAACUGAUAUAAGGAAUACUGACCAGUAUUCUUGUGUUAGCCUGAUUACACAGAGCCUGAGGCUCAUGCAGGCUGUUACAUGUCAUCCGUCAGGACAGCGGGGAGGGAGGCACGCCUUGUUUAAAAGGAGAAUUUCAGUAUUUUUAAAUCUGGGCACUAUUUUUACAUAAGUAUUGAUCUAAUUGACUAAAAGGUACAAAAUGUUGUGGAAAAAAAUGCUUUGUAGUUCUGCAACAUAAUUCUUGCAGGCAAAUGGGCCCACCUAAAAAGUUCCUGCUGUUGUCCCUGGCAGGCUUAGAUCACUGGUGUAAGUUCAUCUAACAUUAAUAAAAACCUACAGAGAGAUUUCUGAUUAAAGGAAGAUCUUAAAGCUGCUGGACUCUGUGGACACAAUCAGCAUUUUUACCUUCAGAACAGGGGAGUUGCUGGUCUACCCCCAAGUUUAAAGGGGAAUACCACAGAGCCCAUUUGCCCUGGAAGAUAACCUUACACCCUGCACAGCCUGUCUCUGAAGCAAUCUGCAGAUACUCCAAGCUUCUUUUUUUACCUGUUAGUCAUUUAGACCCUUAAACUAGAAAUAGAGCCUGUGAUAAAAAUGAUAGAAAUUCUCUGUAAUCUGUACCUCAGUGAAGUACACCAUCAUGGUCCUCAACUAUUCCAUUCGUCUGGUUUGCCGAAAAAACAGAGGUGCCACCUCUCUGAGCAGCAGCGCUCCAAACGUGAUACAAACCUUGAUUGUGACUGUUUACAAAAGACUGAAAACUGCAAUCACACCCGAUCAUUACGAAGAGCAAUCCAUGUCCUUGAUUCACCGAGGUUUUCUUAUCCUUUCGCUUUUAUAGUUCUGGUCUCACGACACAACACUGUUACUGUCUCUCCUGAAGUUUUACAAUGUUUGUUCUUUAUUAUUAAUUUCUGUGAACCCAACUGCUGGAUUUUAUAUUCUGAAAUCAUCUUUUGCUGUCUAAUUUAUUGAAUUUGCAGGCUCCAUUUUUCUACUCUGUCUGUUGAAAUAUGUAUAUGGGAAAGAUUGUAUAACCAGAUGUGGGGUAGUUUUUUUUUAAUGUUUCUUUUCUUCUUAAACUCGUUAUCACCAAAGAGUUCGCACAGUCGGCUUUAGGUAUCAUGUUGCCUGUGCGUGUCUGCGUGCGUGAAUGUGAAUGUGUGUGUGUGUGUGUGUGUGUGUGUGUGUGUGUGUGUGUUGGCCGGCGUUCAGCAGGCACAGACAUGAAACUGGCUGUGUAAUGGAGACCAACACAAAAGCUCUGUGAACGGCGGGCGUCUCUACCGAGUGAAGCAGGAACCCGUCUUUCCUCUGGUGGGUUGGGAUGGGAGAGGCGCUCUGCUUGGCCGGCUCAUCAGCGUCUCUCUUCGUUAAUGACUUUGGUUUUGAAAAUAAAAAGCGUUGUGGCUGGUCCCGGUCUCUGCUGAGCUGUGAUGAUCCGUGUUACGGACACUGUCCUCCCCUGCUCAUGUUGUCCGUGGGCAGGUACUGUACGUUUUCACGCCCCACUGGGUCACUGCUUCUCUCCCAGCUUUACAACAUGAAUGACUGAAGUUUGAGACUGAUGGAGCAGGAUGAAUGACUGCGCUGUCAUCAUAGUGUUUGUUUUUGUUUCCUUUGACCUUUUUUUUGUUCUUUAAACUCUGUCCACCUGGACACGGUUUUCUAUUUAAAAGAAAUAAAGUGGGGGGAGAAUAAA